AUGGCGGUGCACGAAAAACCGCCGCAACGUGUGAAGAACAUCUUGUCAUCAUUUUUGGUACCCGCUUUAGAAAAAAGAAUUCAGAAAGGAAAUAGUGUCAAUCCAUCCAAGACAAGUGACAGUGAAUCUUUGUUGUCGGAUCACUGGGACAAGGACGCCUUUGACAGGCGAGUGGAAACGUUCACCACCGUGAACUGGCUGGCCAAACCUGCAGAUGUCUCCCCUCUUGAGUGCGCCCGCUAUGGUUGGGAAAACACAGGAGCUGACAUGAUGAAAUGUGUAAGCUGCAAGGCAAUUUUGUGUGGACAGCUUCCAAAGUGGAAGAGUCCAGACUUAUACAGAGAUUGUCACAGGAAGUUGAGAACAUCUCUGGUGGAAACCCACAAAGAUGCCUGUCCUUGGAGAAAUAACCCCUCUCCAGCAUCAUUCUUGACCAUAUGUUUUGAAAACAGAGAAGAAACCCUUCAGUUAAUCCAAGAAACAUAUGAUGACUUUGUGACCAGCAAUAUGCAGCUCCCUGUCCUGUCCUUUGAGACUCUGGAUGGAAUCGGUCUUGAAGAAAUCACCUUUCAUGAUCGGGCGAUGCAAGUUUAUCAGACAAUGGGAAAACAGACUGACUUCAAUUUUUCUGCGUUCUCUCUGGCUUUGUUUGGAUGGAAAAGGAGCCUGUUGCAGCCUCAGGUGAUAGUCUGCGAGCGUUGCAGGAGGCAGGUAGGCCUGUGGAGCUUCAGGUGUGCCAUAUCCAGACUGAAUGGUAACUCAGGUGAUACAGUUCUUCCUCAUUCACCUGAUAGGGAAACAAAUGGCAGUACAGACUGUGACACUACCUCUGGAGAAUACAGUACCCCAAAAGCCAAGAAAAUCAAACUGUCUAUGAAGGAGGGAUUAGACCUGAUAUCUGAACACAGGGUAUGGUGUCCUUGGGUGAUUAUUCCAGGAAAUCAAGCACAACAGUUCUCCCCUACCCUGCAGAGGACACAAAUGGCAGACAUGACCCAGAGCACAGAGAUAUCAACUUCUUCCUCAGCUGGUAAUUCCAACAGACUGUUGCCAGCACAACACCAAGCAACAAAUGCGGUGUCCUCUGAUGGAACACUUAACUCCCCCAACAACUUGCUCAAUGAAUCAGACAGUGGUGUGACUAUGUUAAAUGCGUCAUUUGUUUCUGAGGACUCAAAUCACUCUCUCCAGAACAGCCAGUUCUCCUCAAGUUCACCAGGACACCAGUUGUGUGACUUCAGUCCAGGUCAGAAAGGCAACUUCAUGGCAACUUCACAUGCUCAGUUACGUGAAGCUACACAACUUCCUCCUUGGCAGAUGCUUCUGCUUCUCUUACAUUUAUGGAAACCAGAGAACAGACUAUCUGGACAACAAGUUCAAGAAUUGAAGUCUAGUCCUCCAUUAGAGGGUAUUCGUCAUGUACGGCGAAUUAUACGGAAAUGGUCAUCACCAGCUCUAAGGCAGAAGAUACCACGACCUUAAUCUCAAAAAGAAAACCUCUUGCAUCAAAUAUCAGAUGUCUAUGCUGUCAAUCCUUCAUCUUUUUGUUACAUAUUCUUCAAAAUUAUAUAAGUAUUAUGUUGCCCCUGUUUUUGUUUUGGACACCUAAGUUACACAGUUUGUUUUGUAAAAUUUCUGGAUGGAAAUAUUUUCUUUUAUAUGUAUGUCCAUGUCCUAAAAAUUGGUUUUCUGCAUUUUUAUGUCUUGAAUACCUCUAAAGCAAAUCUGAAUUUAGCGGAAAAUUUGAAAUUUGUCCAUACUAUGAUUGACAAAUCUGUUGUCCAUACUAUGAUUGAUCCAUUCCAAAUACUGAUUGAUUUUAUUAGUCACUUUAGGCACGAGCUUUAUAGUUUUUGUUAUUUGCAGAUUUACUGUGAUGUUUUGAAAAUAAUUCACUGGAAAAUCCCCUUUUGUCUGUGAUUUUAUUCUCUGACACUUGAAUGAGUCAAAACUUACCUUUCUUUUGUCAAAAGCUUCAUUAUCAAUAUUCACUUGCCUGCAGAGUCUACCAAGAUUCCAUGUGUAUUGUAGUUACAGGGUUACCACAGCCAUAAAAAUAUGUGAACGGUCUUGAAUAAAUGCCCUUAUCAUAAAUUGUCAUUAAAAAGUGAAGAAUUUUUGAAAAAAAGACCAUGAAAAAGUCAUGGAAUUUUUUUUCUCUGAGCAUCUACAUGUGUUGACAAAUGUACUAAUAUUUGUAUUAGGACACUUACAUGGCAUGAAUGUCAUCGUCCGGUUUUUGUUUUUCUGUUUUUUUCAGUCUCAUACUGGAACAUCUGAUCUAUACAUGUAGUACAUUGUUUUAAUGUGCAGUGCUGUUUAUCAGAUGUCAUUUCUUAUGGUAGAAGUCAGGAAUUAUUGUCAGAUUUGGUGAUGUAAAGUCAUCAAUUUUUGUUUUGAAAUAUCAGUAGCAUCCAUGUACACGUUAGCUUGAUUUGUCUAUCAAUAUGUGAUCUACUGGUAUCUAUAAUUCCACCAUCAAAUCAUUACUUUAUCCAUGAGUAUGGCGUAAAAUACCAGUUGAAGAAGUAGAUACUUUGUCGACAGCUUUGAUGAGUACAGUGGUUGUAAAGUUAAACUUUAGUAGUGUACUGAAUGCCUAUUUAAUCAAGUGAUCUGAAACAAUUGACAGGGUAAUUGUGUGCACCUUUCAGCGAGGAAUAGAUUUCUCAGAAUAGACAAAAAAAAGAGGUAGAAAAGGAGUGGGAUGUGGCAUGUGGUACCCUGCAUAGCUCACUGGUUCUCUCUCGCCUUCAUUUUGAGAAUUUGGAAGUUUGUAAGACAUCUUGCAGAGCAAGUUAUGCUAUCAGUGACUAGUAGACCAUUAAUGCAUCCUUUCGAAGACAGAAAAAGACACCUUGUCAUAAUCAGUAAUGUUGUAAAUUAUCAUCAGAUAUCGCAAACUAAAGAUGAAUUUUUCAUUGACAUCAUGUCCGUGGACUUCAGGAUUAUGACAGUUUGAUAAAAGCUAAGUGAUUUAUAUGAAAUACCCAAGCGGUGUGACUCCUAGAGGCAGACUUAAACUUACAAUAUACACAACAUGUAAGAGUACAUUAAGUUGUGUUGCAGAUCAACAAUAUCACAGAUAGAACAUGUUUCUUUCUUUUUUCUUCACAUUGCAUGGGUUUGUACAAUCAAAAAGCAGCACAUAAUAUUUGUGGUAUAAGAUCUCUUAUAUCUACCUUUUCUUUCUGGCAAUUAAGUGCUACAGUGAAGCUCUAACAAACAUAUACUCAGUGGCAUUUUACCUCCAUCUUGUUUUGUUUCACAGUAGCACAAAAAUAUAUUUUCCUUUUGGAGAUUUAAAUGUUGGUGAUAUAAGAAAAUAUCGUCAUAAUGUUUUUGAUGAAAACUUUAUUGGAGAGUUCUCUGGUACACAGAUUGUUCAUACACAUGUUGAAAGAUAUGAAUUAUGUCAAAAAGAAGGAAAGAUAUGUGCAAUAUUCAUGUGCUACUUAAUUGAUUUUUCUUCUUGUAAAAAUUUGUAUCAUGACUACAUGUAUUUUUUGUUCUGUUUUUAUUUUGUCGAUAAUGACAAAACCUUUUCAAGAACAAUAAAGAAUUAUUUUAAACUGUAACUCAAAAGAAGUGUUUAAAAAAUCUGGUUUGAUUGGACACCACACAUCCCUUCUCUUUUUUAACUUUUCAACUUUUUUUUUUUUGCUUAAGCAAAAAUGUUCUGCACAGCUGAACAAUUCAAGUUUUGUGUAAUGAUAAACAUUAAUGAACAAAAUAUUUCAAAAAAUAAUACAAACAACUGGACUUGAGCAAUUCACUGAACUUAGAAACUUUCAUUAAACUGCUCAAUUCUCCA